CCCAGACAUGGGGUAUGAGUUUCGGGUAUCUGAAUGGUCUUCUCUCACUCUUUAACUGUCAUUUUUGAGAUUGGCAGUUUGAUGGUUAAUAAAGAAGGCAGCCAGACAUCACUCCGAGUGGGAAGUUCCCAGUGAGCAGUUGGAGGCGGGGUUGUGGAUGGGUGAAAUUUUGUCCCUUCCCACUCAGCUGCCGACAUAAACCGAUGGCUUUGAGGAGCUGCAUCUCACACAGGGAGGAGGAGACAUUGCGUCCAGGCUGACAACUGAAAGUGGACGGGCAACUAGAGGCAUUCUGCAUCACAGGCUGCAAGAGAGAGAGAGAGACAGAUACACACAACUAGAGGCACUCUGCAUCGCAGGCUGCAAGAGAGAGAGAGAGAGACAGAUACACACAACUAGAGACACUGCAUCGCAGGCUGCAAGAGAGGGAGAGAGAGAGAGAGAUACACACAACUAGAGGCACUCUGCAUCGCAGGCUGCAAGAGAGAGAGAGACAGAUACACACAACUAGAGACACUCUGCAUCGCAGGCUGCAAGAGAGAGAGAGAGACAGAUACACACAACUAGAGGCACUCUGCAUCGCAGGCUGCAAGAGAGAGAGAGAGAGACAGAUACACACAACUAGAGACACUGCAUCGCAGGCUGCAAGAGAGGGAGAGAGAGAGAGAGAUACACACAACUAGAGGCACUCUGCAUCGCAGGCUGCAAGAGAGAGAGAGACAGAUACACACAACUAGAGACACUCUGCAUCGCAGGCUGCAAGAGAGAGAGAGAGAGAGAGACAGAUACACACAACUAGAGACACUCUGCAUCGCAGGCUGCAAGAGAGGGAGAGAGAGAGAGAGAUACACACAACUAGAGGCAUUCUGCAUCACAGUCUGUGAGACACACACACACACACACACACAGAGCCAGAGACACUCUGCAUCACAGACUGAGAGAGAGAGAGAGACACACACACACACAGAGCUCGGUAUGCCUGGCGGCUGCUUCGUCAAGGCUCUGAAGAUGGUGGUGGUCGGCGAUGGAGGCUGUGGGAAGACCAGCCUGCAGACUGUCUUCACCGAGGGACAUUUCUCAGAGAUCUAUGUUCCCACAGUCUCGGAAAUCUUCUCAGCUCAGUUCAACUGUGGGAGCUUACUGUUGGAGAUCAACAUGUGGGACACUGCAGGAAAACAAGAUUAUGACAGACUCCGCCCGCUCUGCUACCAAGGAGCCAAUGUGGUGCUCAUCUGCUAUGAUGUCAGCAAUCCAGCCAGCUUUCACCAUGUCCUCACCAGAUGGCUGCCUGAGCUUCGUCAGUUUUGUCCUGGGACCCCCAUGUUCCUGGUGGCCUGUAAGAAGGACCUACGGAUGGACAAGAUCUGUCAGCGCCAACUGAACAAAGCCGGACAACAGAUCAUCACCUCCACACAGGGACUGACCAUGGCUGACCAGAUAUGUGCAGCUGGCUUUCUAGAAUGUUCAGCCAAGCUGGAGGAGAAGGUGGUGGAGACGUUCCACGAUGCAGUCUUGGCCGCCUUCACAGGCUGCAGCAGGACGAGGGUCAAGAGGAAAUCGGAGAGGAGCUGCCUGGUGUCGUAGUGACCAGGCCUGCUCCUGCCCGUUGAUGCUUGCUUAAAGGGGGCUCCGGCAGCCGACGCUGGAAUUUUACGCAUGGGGAGAGGGCUGGGCGGGUUGGGGGGCCCACUCAGUCUUCACUCUCCAUUCCCAUGCGGAGACAGGGACUCCUCACAGCUCUAGGGCCUUGGUGAAGGGAGUGAGGCCUGACUGAAUUCCUCCCCGCCCUCCCAGACGUCUGGGCCCGGACGCGUCUCCCGAAAGGCCCAGGCUCCCGGCCUAGUCUGGUGCCACACCCCCGUGAGCGGCACCCAGCCCCCGCGGACACACACCCGCCUGGCAGGAAAGGCCCAGGCUCGAUCUCGGGCCUAGUGCUGAUCCAGGCGGACACAUUACACACCCGCUGCGUCGAAGGGGGGGGACGAACAGAAACACACACACACAGAACAGGAACGCUGAGGCAUUUGUGGAAACCAACGGGCUAUGAAAACCUUGUCAACUUUCUGGUCUCUGAGUAUUCAGGGACAAAUCUGAGAGACUCCAUAGCGAACUGGGUGACCGACCCUGCAGGGAUCGUCUGAGCUCGAGUUAAUAAAUGUAACGCAUCGAACUGGUUCGAACCCAGAAUGUAAUGCAUUGUAUGUAAGGGUUUGCGAUUCAUUCUCUCAGGGACUGACUGAAUAAAGAGCAUUUUCCAGA